CUUUAACUUGAGCUUGUACAUGAUCAAAAGGAUCUUUUUGUACUGGAUUUGAGGCUGGAAUAGCUGUAUUAUUUUGAAUAUGAUUGUAGGGAGUAGCGUUAUGCCGGACUGUAGGAGUGGAGGAUUGGGAUUGAUGGCGUUCAAGGGCAUUAAAACGAGUCAUGAACUGGUCCAUCUGCUUCUGCAUUUGCUCCUGCAUCUGCUUCUGCAUUUGUUCCUGCAUCUGCUUCUGCAUUUGUUCCUGCAUCUGUUCCUGCAUCUGCUGGAACAGAGCUGUGAUGUCUGGUGUGGAUGCCAUGGUGUUGGCUGUAGUAGAGCUUUGAGCUCUAGGGGCAGUUGGGGUGUCCAUUUCUUCAGAGAUUACUGAGGAGGCGGAGGAGCCUAUAUCUGAUGAAGGAUCUGUGGAUUCUGGCUGACGACGGUGACGUCUAGCGGUGGUAGGGGGCGUUCGAGGCACCACCAUUUUGGAUGGGAUCGAUCGAAGGAUCCUGGGGUUCAGGGGCCGAUUGUUGGCGGUCCUGGUGUUCAGAGUCGCUUAGAAGCGCUCGAUUUCUGGUUUGACCAAUGAGAGGUCACAAUUUAGCCUAUCUGAAAGGCUUUUUUUUUUAAGCUCAAUAUCGUAGAGCUAAAACGGGCUCAUAACCUAAUGGAUAGGCGCAUGUAUGGUCGUAUUACUAGAUAUCAUCCAUCGAUAAGAUAACGAACGCACAGACCAGAUACAGCCAGAAAGAAAAUCCAGACAACUCAGUCCGACUCAAGAGUCACAUCCACCACCGGAGACUCUCGCUUCCCGGCAUUCUCAAUUUCUUGCGCAGGGUGUUACGAGGGGAGCAGCCAUGGCAGACUCAGAAACCCCCAAGCCUAUCCACAGCAUUGUCCUAGAUGCAGGUCCCAUCCUGAAGAACACCCCGCCUUUGUCCACCCUCCUCGCACAAUGCGAGGAACUCGUCACGACGCCCUCGGUUGUCAGUGAAAUCCGCGAUCCAGACGCAAGAUUACGAGUCGAGACGCUCUAUCUCCCUUUCCUGAAACAGCGGACCCCGACCCCCAAAAGCGUCAGUGUUCUAAGCGAGUUUGCGCGGAAGACUGGUGACCGGGCUGUGUUGAGUAAGACUGAUAUCGAAGUUUUGGCACUUGCGUACGAGAUUGAGUGUGAAAGGAAUGGAGGUGAUUGGAGAUUGAGGAGUGUCCCGGGACAGAAACGGGUGAACGGGAAACCGCCUGUCAAGGAGGAAGAGAAGAAGGACGAAGAGCAAAAGGAGGAUACCAAAAAAGAAGAGCCUACAUCUGUGGAAAGGCCAGACGGGCCUGGAGAAAGCGCAGACGUUGAGAAAAUAGCGCAUGAUUUGAAGGAGACAACUCUCGAGAAUGACGACGCUACACCUACUACGAAGAAUGAGGGCACUCCGGUGACAGAAAAUCUUACAACAGAUCCUGCAGCUGCGCAAGAGCCUGAGGGCCAAGAAGAUGAGGGCUCCGACUCGGAUUCAGGGGGUUGGAUUACACCUUCUAAUCUGAAAAAACGUCAAAUCCGUGAUGAAGCACUCUCUGCGUCUACGGUGCCAGAACCAAAAGUGAUGCAAGUCGCGACCAUAACUACGGAUUUUGCUUGCCAAAAUGUUCUACUCCAAAUGAAUCUCAACCUCCUUUCCACAACAACGAUGCAGAGAAUCCGUCAUCUGAAAUUCUUCAUCAAACGCUGCCACGGAUGCUUCGCAACUUCUAGGGAUAUGACAAAGGACUUCUGCCCGCGUUGCGGGAAAGAUACCCUCACCCGUGUGUCAUGUACUACGGACGCUAACGGCCAAUUCAAAAUGCAUCUGAAGAAAAAUAUGCAGUGGAAUAAUCGAGGAAACCGAUUCAGCAUCCCCAAGCCUGUGCAUGGCAGCUCAAGCGGAAAGUGGAAAGGCGGUGGAGGCAAAGGUGGAUGGGGAACAGAUCUCAUCCUCACCGAGGACCAGAAGGAGUAUACGAAGGCUGUUGUGGAGCAGGAAAGGCUACACAGGAGAGAGCGAGAUCUCAUGGAUGAAGAUUACCUACCGGGUAUUGUGACAGGAGAGCGCUUGAAGCAUGGCGGUAAAAUCAGGGUAGGAGCUGGAAGGAAUGUGAAUUCGAGGAAGCGGUAG